CCUGCCUGCACCCCUCUCCCCCAGCUCGUCCAUCUCCCCCUCACUGCACUCCUCAUCCCCCCACGUCUCCCAGCACCCGGGAGGGCAAAUCUUCCCUUCGCUGUCAAGUGGAGGCUGUCAAGUGGGGCGGGAGAAGCGCCCCUUUAUUCCACACAGGGGACCGGUACUUCUCGUUGAAACCCAAGAAGUUCAGAACAGCACCCGGAUUCUGGAAUGACGGGAACAGGAAACCCGUUGAACCCACGAGAAGUUCAGCAUGGCAACCUAGUCGUCCUUUGAUGUUAGGAUGAUGGCAGCAGCAAGCCCCCUGUGCAAUACUGGCUUCAUCCCAAAGCUGUACAGUCAUGCUUUAGGAAGAAGUUUCAUCUAUUGAUUUUGUACCAGACCUGAUUGGGCCUCAGUUGUCAAAACUGUGCUGGUGGAGAGCAAAACUAUUCCUUGAGCAGAAUGAUGACUCUAGAUCUGCGAAUGGCUCAGUAUCUGAACCCUCACAUCAGGGCUCUAUGUGACACCAAAAGACUUGUGACUGAGCACUCCAGCCACAGUAAGGAACGGACCUCACAAACUGACAAUCGCACAUCCGAGACCUUCCGCCAGCAGUUCCGGAGCUUCCAUUGCCAUGAAGCAGCUGGGCCACGCGCUGCUGUUGGCCGCCUGCAGGAAUUAUGCAGCCAGUGGCUGCGGCCUGAGAUUCACUCGAAAGAGCAGAUCCUGGACUUGCUGGUGCUGGAGCAGUUCCUGACCAUUCUGCCCAGAGAGACAGAGACGCGGUUGAAGAAUCACAAUAUACGGACCAUUGAGGAGGCCGUGAGUCUGCUAGAAUGCUGGCAGAGGGAAGCUGGGCAAGCAAGGAAUGGGGUUGCUGUCCAUGAUCUGGCAAAGGAAAUGAUGCAUUUUGAAGAAAUAUCAACUGCCCUAAGUUUCACUUUAAAACCACCAGAAUUCCAGCCAGUUGACAUAUCUCAGAAUGAAGAAUUUUGGAAUACAUUUUGGGGUCUACAAGAACAAUUGAGAUGGAAGAUGCAUAAAGAAACUGGGCCUUGGUUUGAAAGGGCUCUUCCUGCACACCUGACUCUAGCCUUUCCUGAGCAGACAAACAUCAAAGAUGGGACAGUGGCCCCUAAACUCAUCUUGCCUGAAUUCCAGAGCUUGUUCACGUUUGAAGAAGUGGCCCUCUAUUUUUCCCAGGAAGAAUGGGCCUUACUGGAUCCCACUCAGAAGGCCCUCUACAGUGAUGUAAUGCAGGAAAACUAUGAGACAAUCAUCUCUCUAGUAUUAUUUGUGCUUCCAAAACCUAAAGUGAUCUCCUGUCUAGAGCAAGGGGAAGAUCCAUGGGUUCAAGGACUCCGGCAGUGCAAGAACAGUCCUGAAAUGUUGCCUACAGGGUUAAAGUUCAAAAAUGACAUUGAAAAUCAUCAGCCUAUAUGUCUUUCUAACUUAGAACCACAAGCACCGGGAGAUACCGUGUCAAAAAAUAUCAAGAUAAAAGUUCCUCAGAAAACAGCAGGUAAAGAAAAUCAUGGUAAUAUUCACAGGGCAGGGAAAUGGCACCAAAGUAAUCCAGUGAAGAAAAAGAGGAAACUUUCAACUUGGAAACAAGAGUUGCUAAAACUUAUGGAUGGCCCUAAGAAGCACCGUGCAGGAGAGAAGGCUUUUAAAUGCCAAGAAUGUGGGAAAAGCUUCAAAGUUAGUUCUGAUCUUAUUAAGCACCAAAGAAUUCACACUGAAGAGAAGCCAUAUAAGUGUCAGCAAUGUGAUAAAAGGUUUCGAUGGAGUUCUGAUCUUAAUAAGCACUUACCAACACACCAAGGAAUAAAACCGUAUCGAUGUUCAUGGUGUGGGAAAAGCUUCAGUCAGAAUACAAAUUUACACACACACCAAAGAACUCACACCGGAGAGAAGCCCUUUGCUUGUCAUGAAUGUGGGAAAAAGUUUAGUCAAAACUCACACCUUAUUAAACACCAGCGAACCCACACAGGCGAACAGCCUUACAGCUGUAGUACUUGCGGCAGGAAUUUUAGCAGACGGUCGAGCCUUCUCCGACACCAGAAGCUGCAUCGGUAAGGGGUGAGUUCUGGUGUCCUAGGUCGGGAGAAGUCACAUCAGUAGAGUAUGACCUCUCUUGAAA